AUGGAUCGAAUCAGCAAUCUACCAGACGAGAUUCUUUGCCACAUUGGGUCCUUCCUAUCUGCAAAGGAAGCUGCUUUCACAAAGGAUUUUGUUGAUGGAGUAUUGGCUUUACCAGCUAGUUCUCGUAUAAGGAAUUUCUCUAUAAAAUGGCAAUAUGUGCAUAGUGGCCAAUAUGUUCAUGUCAAUCGUUGCCUAUGUGAUGUCCUGAAGCGUGGUGUCUUGGUUCUUGAACUGAAAGCCCAUGUCAAACGAGGGUAUUCACUGCCGUUGGAGGUUUUUACUUGCAAGACAGUCGAAAAACUUACUCUAGGGUCUGAUUUUGCUAUUGACAUUCUCCCUAACGAUGCUUUACUUCCAGCUCUCAAGUCCCUGUUUCUUGAUUCAAUUCGGUUCUAUGAUUUUGGUGCGUUCACAACGCUUCUUUCUGCGUCCCCUCUCCUUGAGGAAUUAGUUAUGGAUGGUAUCGAGUUCGAACGCUGGAAAUGGUCUUGGACUGUGUCUAGUCCGACCCUUCGAAGACUUACUAUUCGACGGCAAGUGUGGGAAGGUUAUGCUGAUGAACCUCAGGAAGAGAUCAUUAGAUUGGAUGGUCGGGGACUUGCCUAUGAUUUCGACAGCAUUAGUUUUGAUCUUCCAGGUCUUACCUACUUAGAUUACUCUGAUUAUGUUCCAAAGGAGUACCUGAUUGUUAAUCGCGGACGAAUAUGUUGUAUGGGAUGA